CUCUUCAGACAAUCCUAAUUCAGAUUUUAGAGGGACCACAGCUAGGUCUCGGUCUGAUACAGCGCCAAUUGAAUUUCUACCUCAAAUGGAGUGAAUGGUAGCUCUUGCAUCCAUCCCAGAUACCACGAACACAGUGCUACUCAAAACACUCACAGCUUCUUUGAACUCUUUACCCCCCACUUCUCAAAACAGGGAGUAUAAAGGGCAAGCAUCAUGUCCUCCUCAGAUCCUCCGCAAAGCGGUAGCACAACAAAGCCCUUCUCCAUCUCCGUGGGCAACAAAGGAGGUCUCAAUGGCGACAACAGCGGCAAUCCCCCCAAGAAACCCACCACCUUCAACCUCAAAUCCACCAAGCCCACCGAUUCUGCUACGGCAAGUACGCGCUCCCUUCCUCUCGCCGCGCGCGGCGGUCGCCCAACACCUCGGCCACUGCACAAUGACGACGACUCGGACGAAGAAGCCAGCCGCGCUGCUGCUCCCGCCCAUGAAGAAGUCACAGGCUUCGACACGGUCACGGGCACCGCCAUCUCCGCCGCCGACGCCGCCGCGAACCAGCCGCUGGUGAUCCCCGUCACGAGCAACAAUAAUUGGCGGGACCGGCCGGGGAUCAGUCGUCGAGGAGCGCUACAGCAGCAGCGGGGGACGAAGAACCUGCUGCCGAAGGAGGUCCAGGCUAUCCAGGAGGCGCAGAGGCGCGGGCAGGUUGCUGGGGCGACGGUCGAGACGGAGGGGCCGAGUAUGGCCUAUGGGCUGAGUUUUGCGGCGGCGGCGAAGGAACAGGAUCAAGAUGGGGACAGGGAUAUGAAUAUGGAGGAUGUUGGGCCUCAAAAAGCGGCGGAUGAGGAGAAAACUAGGGCGCCCAUGACGCAAGAUGAGAUCGCGUUACAGGCGCUUAUCCGGGAGAGCAAAGGCGAGACUGCGGAAGGGGGUCGGUCGGAUCUGGUGAUCGAGACCGCUGCUGCCCCCGAUGGUGGUGGUGGAGAAUUCGGCGAGACGAGUUCGUUCCGCGCGGAUAUUGCCUCGCGGCCGGAGUCGGCGACGCUGGACCAGUAUAAUGCGAUCCCCGUGGAGGAGUUCGGCGCGGCGCUGUUGCGGGGAAUGGGCUGGAAGGAAGGGCAGGCUGUCGGCAAGGGGAAAUAUGGGGGUGCUUCUGCGCCUCAGGGCAAUAAAGCGCGGGUUCCGGAGCGAAGGCCGGGGUUUCUAGGGAUUGGAGCCAAGGAUGUUUCCGGGGGCAAAGGCGCAGAGGCGGAGCUGGGCGCGUGGGGAAAGGCGGCCAUGCGCAAAGGGUCGAGGAAGGCCGGGCAGGAAGGAGGGACGAAUACCGAGGGUGUCUACAUGCCUGUUAUGAUGCGGAAUACGAAGACGGGCGAUUUUAUCACCGAGGAGGAACUGUCGACCAUGAAGAAGGAGGCGAAGAAACAGACCGAUGAUGAUGAGUGGAAGGCACGGCGCGAUCGCAACCUGGAAAGGAGCAGCAGGCGCGAUCGGGAUGACCGUGACCGUCCGAGGGAGAGUGAUCGCGACUCCCGGCGGAGGGAUCACGAUGAGGACAAGCGCAAGAACGGAUCGUCAAGGAGGGAUCGGAGUCGGUCGUCGAGUGAUCAGCAUUCGAGAAGACGCAGAUAUGAGGAUGAUGGCAGUGAUAGCCGUGAUGAUCGCUAUUACCGAGAGAGAGACAGAGACAGAGAUCGUGACUCUCGCCGGGACCGGGACAGCGACAGGAACAGGGACCGCGAUAGAGACAGAGACAGCGAUAGGAACAGGGACCGCGACAGAGACCGCGACAGGAGCCACCGAUCUCGCGACGACGACCGCUACAGUUCGAGAUACUCCUCGUCGAAUACUUCAAGCAGACAUCGCGAUCGCGAUCGAGACCGCGACAGUGACCGCGACUCGCAUCGGAGACGAAAGGUAUGACGACCGGUAAAAGGUGUUUUAGGGCCGAUCUUACGUGUAUAGUCAUGGAUAGCCUCUCUUUCUUUGAAGAUGUCGCAUUAUCACCUAAACGAACAUAACUUUUUACAUCGCCGAUUUUCCCUCCCAAGAAAGAAUCAUUGAGCAAGACAGCAAGGACUCCGCUCAUAGCGCCAGUGUAUCACAAAGAAUUCCAAAGCAGAUUAUCUUUUGUCUAUCUAUACAUGUUUCUCAUU